AUGAGAGGGAGCGGCCUUGUGUUCGUGAUCACCCUCGUGUUCGUCGGGUGCCUUGCGAUCGGACAGUGUCGUCCUGUGGUUAGAGGAAGCAACCAAGAGAGUCGUGCCAAUAUUACUGCAAAUGCUACAACUAUUGCGGAUUCGUCGUCAUCAAGGGAGAGCUCGAGCAAACUGACGUUGAACUGGUGUUACCCAAGGGACCCAAGGGACUGCAACAAUCCUAACAAUCCGUUCUACACGAGACCGUGCUACUGCUGCCCCUUGCGACCGGACGAGCUGUGCUUUAGUAAUAUCGACGAUUGCCAUGCAGGGUGCCCGACUUGUCAUCCUACUUGCUGA